AGAGGUCCCGGCGCCAGAAGAGCUCCCCACCAGGACACUGGUCCCAGCUCAAGCCCGCUCCAGGGAUCCGCACGACCCCAGCGCAGUCUGCAGAAGCGCGAGGUUUCAUCGACAGCAAUCAGAACAUGAAUCGUUCUCCUGGCUGCAGCCACUCUGGCACAGGCUGUUACAGCCUGGGAGUCGGCGAGGGCAUGGAAGAACUAAAUGAUGUGACGCCUACCGUGUUCUCGGAGGUUGUAAAUGGAGAAGGGGCGGAGGGUACAGGAGCCGAACCUGAGCCAGAAGUAGCAGCAGCAGCAGCAAACUACAUUGGCUCGGCAGAGCCCAGGCCCUUGGACGACGAAAACCGUGAGGGCGGCGGCAGCGACGAUGAUCUUGAGCCCCCGGAGCAGCAGAUGGAGGUGGCCCCCCCAGCCGCUGAGGAGCCACAGGUCGCGGAGAGAAAGCAGCGCCGCAACCGCACUGCCUUCACCGAGCUGCAGCUGCGGGAGAUGGAGAACCUUUUCCGUCGCGUUCAAUACCCCGACGUGUUCGCGCGAGAGCAGCUUGCAGGACGCCUGAAUUUGACUGAAGCCAGAGUGCAGGUUUGGUUUCAAAAUAGACGAGCCAAGUGGAGAAGACAGCAGAGGGCACUGAUGUUCAGAAACCCGGCCCCAGUUGCCGUGGGUCCCCCUGUGGGGAUAAUCCUUGAUGGGCCCUAUCAUGCAAUCCCUAUUCUGGAGCCUAUAUGGAGAUGUGUUCCUCUGUUGCCACCGCCAGUCAUGCCACCUCGGCUACCCCGGCCACGACCCCUGCGCCCUGGGCUACCACCGCCACCCAUGUUCCCUGGGCCACCACCCAUGUUCCCUGGGCCACCACCCGUGUUCCCUGGGCCACCACCUGUGUUCCCUGGGCCACCACCUGUGUUCCCUGGGCCACCCGUGUUCCCUGGGCCACCCGUGUUCCCUGGGCCACGCCUGGUCCCUGGGCGCCCCCCGCCACGUGUGCCUCCCUUUGCUCUGGCCCCUAUAGGUGUGGCAUGGGCCCCUGUCAUCAAUGGCCAUUUCGCCGGCCCCAUUUUCUGAAUAUGAGCCUCAUGACAGUUUUUCCGAAGUGUUUUUCUGCCAGAUAGGAAUUGUGCACAGCACAUCAGAAGUAGUUUAUCAGAUACCUGUUAAAUGAAUUGAGUAAGUGAACAAGAUUGGUGCCUGUUGUUUUUGAAGAGCCUGUUGUGUUUUCAAUAAAAGAUGCAAACUAGCAGUAUAUUGGUUUAUGGCAUCAAAUGGGAUAAGAAGGGUAUGUAUGGGGAUUGCAAAGGCAAUGCAAUUCAAACCAUGUCGAAGCUUCCUUUCAUAAUGUCAC